UGUCAAAGUUGAUGUGAUAGCAUGGUUUGUUUCGUGCUCGAUUUUUCUCGAAGCGAGAGUUUUACUGAUCGUUCACAGCCAUAUCGAGCGAAUUAUUUGAUUUUCUGACUGUACUGUGCGAAGAUUAACAGCAUUACAUCUUCCUGCGGAUUUCUUAUCAUAUAAGAACACACGGUCAUACUCAAUUGUGUCUAAUCAUUGAAUCAUCAGUCAUUGUGCAUAUUUAGAUCGCGUGGAACAUGGCCAAAUGGGGCGAAGGAGACCCUCGCUGGAUAGUUGAGGAGCGACCUGACGCUACCAACGUAAAUAACUGGCAUUGGACAGAGAAAAACGCGGGACCAUGGUCGAAGGACAGGCUAAAAGAACUGCUAAAUAACUUGAAAAUAACCCAAAACGGUGUUGACUGUAAAAUUACAGAAUUAGAGAAAUUAGACGGCGAGGCGUCGGCGAAUAAUAGGAAAGGAAAACUAAUAUUUUUCUAUGAAUGGGACAUCAAACUGAAGUGGGAAGGAAAGCUGACUGGAGGUAGUGAUAUUGUGAAAGGUGAUAUUCAUAUUCCGAAUCUAUCGGAAGAAAAUGACGUCAGUGAAGUAGAUAUGACUGUAACAAUUAAAUGUAGUGGUGAUGAGGCCCAACGAGUGAAGGCAUUCAUGCACAAUGUGGGUCGAAACGAAAUCCGCAAGCAACUCACAGAGUAUAUAAGAAGUCUCAAAGAAGAGUUCUCUAAAGGCCUAAUACUUCCCAAAAAAGGUGAAAAGCAAGUGAAACCAGACAAUGUCUCGACAAUCACCAGCGGAUUCAAUAAAAAAAUUAACAUGGAGCCUGUGAUUACGCAGGAGAACAAACAGAUUGGUUGUAAGUUAGAUACAAAGAGUAUUGAAAUGUCAGAAAAGUUCCAAUGUCGCGCUGAAGAAUUUUAUAAUGCAAUGACUCGAAUAGAAAUGGUUACAGCAUUUACUCAAGGACAUGUCAAGAUGGAGGUAGAGAAAGGAGGUAAAUUUGCACUGUUUGGCGGGAAUAUCACCGGGGAGUUCCGGGAGUUGGUUCCCGGGAAGAAAAUAGUGCAGUACUGGCGAUAUAAACAAUGGCCUGAUCAGCAUUUCUCUGAAGUUACCUUUGAUAUAAAUGAGAAGGAUGAUCAUACACUGGUGACAUUGAAACAAGCUCUGGUCCCAGCUUCAGAAGUAGAACAAACUAAAGAAAAUUGGCGGCGAUACUACUUUGACAGUAUUAAACGUGCGUUCGGUUUUGGGGCAUUCCUCUGAUCUGUUACAAACACGCUUAGACAAUUUAGGUUCAAUUUACAAUAAGUGAUAUGAAGAUAUUGGCAUCCCGCCCAAUUGCAAUUACUGGUUGUAAAAAAUGAAAUACAUUUGCUAUAUGAAAACUACGAUGAAGUUAAAUAAAUCUACUUGCAAUCCACACGACUGGCAGGCUUAUAGGUCAAAUAUAAUGUAUGGUUUGGACAUUAACGCUAAAGUGUUAUGUACCUUCACAUUUCAAUCUUGUUUGUAUAUUUUAUCUGAGCUACAAUCGAAUUAUUUUUGCAUUUAAUUGGGUCUCAUAUACCGGGUUACUCGGAAAGAUAUGAAAGUAUCUAUUGUAACGAACAAGUUUUGUUCUACAACUUUCUCUGAAACCAUAUAAUUUUUUCGAGGAAAAUCAGUUUAAAACUUAUAUAAAAACACAAUAAACUAAAGACACCACUAAUAUUAGCUGUAAUCAGCUCUAUCAUAAUAGGAAAAUAUGUAACAUUGAUAGUUCUUAUAAAUAAAAAGUCGUGUCGUUCUUUCUUUGUUAUGCUCCCUGCUUACUCCACUAAU